GAAUGUUUCCAUCUUGGGACGAGCCUGCAUUGAAAGCUACUUUUAACAUCUCUGUAAAGCAUCAUCAGAAAUAUAAGGUUCUGUCAAAUAUGCCGUUACGUGAUCAGUACACGGACGAAGAUGGCAUGAUGUGGGCACACUUUAACAUCACCCCAAUAAUGUCCACUUAUCUCGUGGCAAUUGUGUUAUCUGAAUAUGAUGGUGUUUCCAAUGCGGAUGAAACCGUCAAUAUGUGGUGUAAAUCGUCUAUGACAUCGCAAAUAAAAUUCGCUCAUAGCUUUGCCGAAAAAUUCGAGCAAAUCUUGAUUCGAUAUACCAAUAUUUCAAGACAAGUUCCGAAAAUGGAUCACGUAACGAUACCUUCUUUUCUAGUCAACGGCAUGGAAAAUUGGGGACUUAUUCUCUACAAUGAAAGGACUUUUAUGUACAAUAGUAGCACAGAUCCUACACUUCAGAGAAAACAUAUAGCAUCAUUAGUAGCACAUGAACUUGCACAUCAAUGGUUUGGCAAUUUGGUCACACCAUCUUGGUGGUCUCAUCUAUGGUUGAGUGAAGGAUUUGCAGUGUUUUUAGAAACAUAUCUUCUCGAUAAGAUGUUUGAUUGGCGAAUAAUGGAUCUUUUUGUGCUUGAAAAAUUGCAUAUUUGCUUUGAAUUAGAUACUGGUUUCUAUAUGGACUCUGUUGUUUUGGAAAAUAAUCUUCGAACUGAGUUGUUUUUUUCAUAUGAAGUUUAUUUUAAAGCACCUGUUAUAUUGCGUAUGUUGCAACAUAUAGUUACCGAUGAUGUGUUUCAAUAUGGUAUCAUUUUAUACUUGGACACGCAUAAAUUUCGUUCGGCGACGUCUGACGAUCUGUGGAUCGCUUUACAAGAUGCCCUAGACAAAUCGGAAGUUCCGCAUAACAAUUACAAAAUAAAAGAAGUGAUGGAUACAUGGAUAAAGCAAAAGACUUAUCCUUUGGUGAAUGUGACAAGAAAUUAUACAACUGGUGAAGUGAUAAUAUCGCAAAGAUCCAGUUACAACUUGGAAGAAACUGAUGUUGACAGUAUUAAAUGGUGGAUACCAGUGACUUUCGCCACACAAACAAAUCCAGAUUUUUCCAAUACUUCACCUCGUUAUUGGCUGAAGCCGCAAGAUCAAAAUAUAAGCUUUCAAAUCGAUACAAACGAUUGGAUAAUUGUUAAUUUACAGCAAACUGGAUAUUAUCGUGUCAAUUAUGAUUACACAAAUUGGCAAAGAAUUGUACGUUACUUAAAUUCGGAGGAAUAUACGAAAAUUCAUGUUCUUAAUCGUGCUCAAAUUAUCUAUGAUGUUUUUAUCUAUUUGGUGAAAGAUCAACUCGAUGCCUCCAUAUUCAUCAAUAUUACAAAUUAUUUGUCACGCGAAACAGAUUACGUGGCAUGGUAUUCCAUAUUCGAAAUUUUAUCACUAUUAUCACAAUAUUUUAUGAUGCCAGAAAUUGAAGCUUUUAAGUUACACAUGGUAGGUAUUCUGAAUGAGCUUCUUCAAAAUACAGGAUACGAAGAAAAUCCUAAAGAUGACGACAUUGUUAAAAGUGAAAAGGCUCGAAGCCAUGAAAUGGGCUUGUCUCCUUGAUAAUUCGGAUAUCAAGAUGAAGAUGAGCCUUAAAUUGAAAGAUACCUUGACGAUCCUGAUAAC